AGCUGGCUCCACACUGUGCUCAUCUGGCGCCAACGUUGGGGCGCCGACGCACUUUAGCGACGAGUAAAAUGUUGUCGUCUCCACACGCCACGCGGGUCGCUACCGCCUCCUGCAGCCGGGGAGCAGCGCGUCAAGGACAUCAUUUCUGACUCCAAGGCAAAAUGUCGCACCCCAGCACUCUGGAUUUAGACCGAUACAGCGCCGAGGAUAGGACCCGUCGCUCCACCGGCCGCAACCAGAACAGGAUGCAGGCCAAACACAGCGAGGUCCUGUGCGACUUCUGCACCACCAGGAAGCAGAAGGCCGAGAAGUCCUGCUUGGUGUGCCUGGCGUCUUACUGCGAAACCCACCUCCAAUCUCACUACGACUACCCGGCGUUGAUGAAGCACAAGCUGGUCAAAGCGACGGGCCAGAUGAGGGAGAAGAUCUGCGCUCAGCACGACAAGCUGCUGGAGGCCUUCUGUCGCACCGACCAGACGUCCGUGUGCGUCCUGUGCAUGAUGGACGAGCACAAGCACCACGACAUCGUUCCGGCUGGAACCGAGAGGACCGAGAAACAGAAACAACUCGGCACCACACUGCAUAAAUCCCAGCACAGGAUUGACGAGAGGGUCAAAAAGUGGCAGGAUCUCCGACAAGCCGUGGAAGCUGUGAAGCACUCAGCUGAGUCGGUCCUGGAGGAAAACGAGCGAAUCUUCACGGAGCUCCUGCUCUCCGUAGAGAGGAAGUACAACGAAGUCAAGGAGAUGGUCCGCCUGCACGAGAAGAGCACGGUGAACCGCGGGGAGAUUCUCCUGGACCGCUUGGAGGAAGAGAUCACCCUGCUCAGGAAGAGACACACCGACCUGGAGAAGCUGUCCCACACUGAUGACCACAUCCAUUUUCUGCAGAGCUGGCAAUCUCUGUCCGGCCCUUCGGGUUACGAGGACCUGAACAACGUCAGCGUUGCGCCCAAUUACUCCUUCGACGCCACCAAGAGAGCCAUCGCCGCCCUGAAAUUGCAAGUGGAGGAAGUCAGCAAGAGGGAGACGGCGAAAAUCUCCGCAGCAGUGAAAGAAGUCUACGUCACGCAAGAAAGCGAGAAAAAAACAAGGAGAGAGUCAUCGUUUCUCACCGAGCCAAGGUUGAUUGAAGAACUAAAGACGAGAGAGGAUUUUUUGAGAUAUUCUUUCCAGCCGAUUCUGGACGUCAACACCGUGCACCGCAACCUUCACCUCUCUGAAGGGAACCGGACCGCCACAAUGAAGAGCGAGCCCAAGAAUUACCCUGAUCACCCGGAACGGUUUGACCACUGGCAGCAGGUGCUAUGCAAAGAAGGCCUGGCUGGGAGUCGCUACUACUGGGAGGUGAGCUGGAAGGGAUCAGAAAUUGACGUGGCGGUCACCUACAGGAGCAUUUUCCGGAAAGGAAACAACAACUUGUGCAGCCUGGGCUGGAACGACAAAUCCUGGAGCCUCUACUUGUCCGAGUCCAAAUUCUCCUUCGUGCACAACAACAAGAGCUUGGACCUACCCGUGUCGAGGUCAUCUCGCAUCGGGGUCUACUUGGAUCACGCGGCGGGGGUGCUGGGGUUUUAUAGCGUGUCCGACGCCAUGCAGCUUCUGCACCAGGUCCACGCUACUUUUACUGAACCUUUGUACCCGGCCUUCAGUGUGUGGGGCUACGGUAGCACCAUUAGACUGUAGACACUUGAGUACUGUUUCAAAUUGGAUACACACGGUAGUUUUUCAACAUUUUCACUAGUUUGUACGUGAGGGAUACCACAAGUGAAGAAAAUCAACUGCUGCGCUUACUGAUCUUAUGGUGGGUGGUGUGCAAAAAUAAACAGCAAUCCACUAUGUCUACACUGACCCUGGUGUUUCCUGAACUCUGGCGCAGUACUAAGGCUGACCAGUGAGAGGCAGCGCACGCCACAACAGAGGACAAUCACUCAGGAUACUCGUGAGAGACAUCUGAGAAUCUGAUAGUUUGCUCACUUGGACUGAAAGAGAGAAAAAAUGUAAAAAUAUGUCGUAAUUGUUGCGUGUACCCCACUUGAUUCGAUCGAUAAGCAACACGAUAUUUAUGCAAUUUCCAGUUUCAAUGGAUUUAUCGCUUAAUUGAUCCUUACACAGAGCAGGUUUACCUAUAUGAAUUUGUGAAAUGACUGCAACUUUAAUAAAUAUUAUUU